CGCGUGCGGAGGCGGCGAGUGCCGUGAGCGCGCCGGCGAUGUCCUGAACGAGCCCCGCGCGGUCCUCGCAGCACACCGACGCUCUGCGACGCCCGCACGACGAGCCUGGCCACAUCUCAUCUCUAACCCUGUCCUCUCCGGCGCCGACCACGACCUAGCUCCCUCUCUCGCCGGGUCGCCGCCCGAUCUGCACCCUGCACGGCGCGCCGCCCCAGGGGGUACGCGCGCGGCCCCUAGCGUCGUUUCGGGGGGCGCGGGCGCAGGCCGCCGCGUCAGGGGCUCCGCGUGGGACGCGCGGCCUUCCGCGGCCCUGCACUCGCGCCGCAUCUGCAGCAGUGCAGCGGCGCCGCCACCCCCCCCCCCCCCCCCAAUAACUUUUUUCAACUGCUCAAAAAGGAGAUGCGGAGGGCGUCACCUUCGCCGUCUCCGGCGAGGGGCCCGGCGGUCUUUGCCGCCGCGUUCGUGGUGUUCCUGCCAGCCUUAUUCCCGGGGAUGCUCACUCCGCUGGGCCACGCCUUCCCUUCCCUCUUCUCGGAGUGGAAUGCACCUAAGCCAAUGCAUCCUUCUCUUUUAAAUGAGGCGUUGCGAUGGGCAAUUCCAGCUGAGCAGAAGAGAGAGCUCUGGUCACCCUUGCCAUACCAGGGGUGGAAACCAUGCUUAAAGUCAUCAAUUUCUCAUGCAUUACCUCUGGAGCCAAGUGGAUACAUACAGGUAUUCCUUGAUGGUGGACUUAACCAGCAAAGAAUGGGGAUAUGUGAUGCAGUUGCAGUUGCAAAGAUUCUUAAUGCUACUCUUGUGAUCCCACAUCUUGAAGUAAACCCUGUUUGGAAGGACUCAAGCUCAUUCGAAGAAAUUUUUGAUGUCGAUCACUUUAUCAACUCCCUAAAAGAUGAUGUUUCCAUCAUCAGAGUGCUUCCAAAAGAAUUUUCUUGGAGCACAAGAGAGUAUUAUGGCACUGGCAUCCGUGCUACGAGAAUAAAAACUGCUCCUCUUCAUGCCUCAGCAAAUUGGUAUCUAGAGAAUGUCAGUCCUAUCCUGCAAAGCUAUGGUAUUGCUGCUAUUGCCCCCUUUUCUCACCGCCUUGCCUUUGAUGAUUUGCCUGCGGAUCUUCAACGUUUACGUUGCAAAGUUAACUUCCAAGCCCUGGUUUUUCGGCCUAACAUUAUCUCGCUGGGGGAGACUCUUGUGAAGCGCUUGAGGUCUCCUGUCCAGGGGCAUUCUGAUGAAUCUAUCCAUCAAGUUGUAGAACAAAGAACAAAUCAAGAUGGAAAAUAUGCAGUUUUGCAUCUCCGUUUUGAUAAGGAUAUGGCUGCACAUUCAUCCUGUGACUUUGGAGGUGGCAGAACUGAAAAAUUAGCUCUCGCUAAGUACAGGCAAGUUAUUUGGCAAGGGAGGGUAUUAAAUUCACAGCUAACUGAUGAAGAGCUUCGGAACACAGGACGUUGCCCAUUGACCCCAGAAGAGAUUGGCCUGUUACUGGUAGCCCUCGGCUUUGACAGCAGAACUCGACUCUAUCUUGCUUCUCACAAGGUAUAUGGUGGGGAAGCCAGGAUCUCUAGCUUGCGCAAACUUUUCCCGCUGAUGGAGGACAAAAGAGGCCUUGCAUCCGAAGGGGAGCUUACUGAUGUUGAAGGGAAAGCUUCUGUGCUAGCUGCUCUUGACUAUUACAUCAGCAUGCAUAGUGAUAUUUUCAUCUCUGCGUCUCCUGGGAAUAUGCACAAUGCUUUGUUGGCUCACCGGACAUACGAGAACUUGAAGACCAUAAGGCCAAACAUGGCAUUGCUGGGCCGCAUCUUUGUGAACAAGAGCAUGGAGUGGUCAGAAUUUCAGCAUGCUGUACAGGCAGGGCACAAAGGAAGAUACGGGCAAAUCAGGCUGAGGAAGCCAAAGCAGUCUAUCUAUACAUAUCCCGCCCCAGAUUGUAUGUGCCAAGGGUAGGCUGCUCAAUUCCACAUCAAACGCUACUGUACUUGGCUCUGCAGCAGCAGCACAGGGAGCUCAAGGAUUCUGAUACACCAUCAGCUAAUCUGUGUCAAUGGCAUUCUUUACUGGCAAUUGCUAUCACCCCUUGGAUUACAAAAUCGGUUCCAAAGUUUUGGUGGGUUAGUCAUUUAGCUCAUUCAGUUGAAUAUGAGAUUAUACCGACUUGACCUCCAUGUAAAUUUUGAGACCGCUGUGGGGUACUAUAUCUUUUUUCCCUCUGUUUAUAAUACAGUCUACGCAGAUGUAAUUAACAGAAAUUGUUUGCUGUGGCCGGUGAUAGCACAUCUGACUCUCCAUUCUUCUGCUA